AUCACGUGCUCGGGGAGAGAGACUAAGACGGAUAACGCGUCAUCUCGCCUUCCCAAAUUUUCCCCCCUCGCAAGACCGGGUCCAAAACGUCCAUCUGGAGCCGGCAGGAGAAGAGAACGAUGUUUAACUCGGUCAACCUGGGCAACUUCUGCUCGCCGUCGCGCAAGGACAGGGGCGCUGAUUUCGGGGAGCGAGGGAGCUGCGCCUCCAACCUCUACCUGCCCAGUUGCACUUACUACAUGCCCGAGUUCUCCACGGUCUCCUCCUUCCUGCCCCAGGCCCCUUCUCGCCAGAUCUCCUACCCCUACUCCGCCCAAGUGCCCCCGGUCCGCGAGGUCUCCUACGGCCUGGAGCCCUCCGGCAAGUGGCACCACCGCAACAGCUACUCCUCCUGCUAUGCGGCGGCCGACGAGCUCAUGCACCGGGAGUGCCUGCCUCCUUCCACCGUCACCGAGAUCCUCAUGAAAAACGAAGGCUCCUACGGCGGCCACCACCACCCCAGCGCCCCGCACGCAGCCCCCGCGGGCUUCUACUCCUCCGUCAACAAGAACAGCGUCCUGCCUCAAGCCUUCGACCGCUUCUUCGACAACGCCUACUGCGGCGGCGGCGGCGGCGACGCGCCCGCCGAGCCCCCCUGCCCGGGCAAGGGGGAGGCGAAGGGGGAGCCCGAGGUGCCCCCGGCCUCGGGACUAGGGUCCCGGGCUGAGGCGGGGGCCGAGGCCGAGGCCGAGGAGGAAAACACGAAUCCCAGCUCGUCCGGCUCGACCCACUCGGCGGCCAAGGAACCGGCCAAGGGAGCCGCCCCCAACGCCCCCCGCACCCGCAAGAAGCGCUGCCCUUAUUCGAAAUUCCAGAUCCGGGAGCUGGAGCGCGAGUUCUUCUUCAACGUGUACAUCAACAAGGAGAAGCGGCUGCAGCUGUCCCGCAUGCUGAACCUGACCGACCGGCAAGUGAAGAUCUGGUUUCAGAACCGGAGGAUGAAGGAAAAAAAACUCAGCAGAGACCGGCUGCAGUAUUUCUCGGGCAACCCUCUGCUGUAACCGCAGGCCGGGCCCUUUCUGGGGAGAGGGACAGGGGGAAAUUAUCUUAUUUUAUUUUUAUUUUUGAUUUUCUAACUCGCCUUCUUUCCGCGGGUGGAAAACUGGACUGUGGCCAGGGCUGGCCCCGCCGCCGUGGCCCGCACUUCCUCCCGGAACCCCCGCACCUCCCGCCGGACUCGCGCCCUGGGCCAGGCCCGGCCUGGAAGGAGGGUGACGGGAAGCGCCCGACCCUCGGCGGGUGGACUCCCUCGGCGCCGAGGCCAAGACUUUAUUUAAAAGAAAACACACCUCGCGA